ACCGCGCCGCAAGAAUCACCUUUUGAGAAAAAGAAGCGCUCCAUCGAGUUGUGCUUCAGUUUUCAGUGAAACGCCGAGCCGGGAAGCUAACUGUGAAGCUAACUAAAGUGAACUAUACUUACGGGGUGCGCUCGAAAAAUAGACAGUCGUCAGUAUGGGGAGGAAAUGCAGUGGAAUCGUUCUGCUGGUCAGUUUAUAUUUGGUAGCAGGUCAAAAAUUAAAGGGCAACCAAGAAGAUCCCUGCCAAGUCAAAGCUAGAGUUAUAGGAGAUGAAACAUAUUGUGACAGGUAUUGGGAAUGUGUCGACGGUCAGCCUGAAUUAUACGAUUGUCCCAAUGGAUUAGUCUUUGCAGGGAAAAACAGAGGUGUAACGGAAGGCUGCGACUAUCCAUGGAGGUCAAAUUAUUGUGAAGGAAAACAACAAGCCAAUCCACCUAUCGGUACUGACCACUGCGACUGGUUGUACGGAAUCUUCGGACAUGAGACUUCCUGCACCAGAUAUUGGACUUGUUGGAAUGGCACAGCCACAGAACAGCUCUGCAUCGGAGGUUUACUCUACAACGAACGUACUCAUUCCUGUGAUUGGCCCGAAAACGUAGAUGGAUGUCAAAAACAUCCUUUAUGUAAUGAUGAUCCAAAUGGAAACGUACCAUUGGGAAAAUCCUGCAACCGAUACUGGCAAUGCCAGGGAGGAUAUCCCAGACUACAAAGGUGUCCAGCUAUGUUGGUGUUCGACAGGAGAUCCUUAAGAUGUGUGGUACCGCCCACCGAAGACUGCGACGUACCCAGCACCCUUCCCCCACCAGUCAGAGAGGAAGAAGAAGAACAGAACAUUCCCCAAAACAACCCCAAAAAUAGAGGCAAUAGAGAACCAGCCAACUUCCCAAACCUACCCCCCGGAGCGAUCCCAAUCCCAUCGAAAAACAACAGAGGACAAAACUAAUUUAGUAAUUUAGUACUACUAUUUUAAGUAUUUUAUUUUAAGUCGUCGAACUGAGAGUUAAGGCGCGUUUACACCAGUCAAGUUAAGUUCAACUUGACCAAUUGACUUGACUCGUAUGGACGCACCUUUAAGUAUUUUAUCGAAAAAGUAGCACAGCAUACAUAUCGCGUAGAUUCAACUGAAUAUUUAUUUUUUUCUUUAAUACGUAAUAUUGAUGUAAUAACACGUUAAAAAUAAUGAUUUCGCGGUAUUUUUGUGGUAUAAUAUUAAUUUAUUCCUCAUCAAAUUGAGUUAAUGUAAUUUCCAUAUGGCGUUUUCUUAAUGUUAGAUGGCCGAGUUUACUUUCUCUAGUUGCAUUUUUCAUUUCCACGUGAAACACUUUCACUUUUUGCGACUAUAUAUAAUAUAUAUUAUGUGCAUGUAUAUUUUUUCCAUAUUUUAGUGCCAGUAUAUAUAAUAUUACUUUCGUCUUUCGUAUGUACAGUGUGUCCACAUAUUUAGGAUGGGUCACUGAAAAUUUCUUGAUUGAGAUUUUAUUUUUAUUAUUCUUUUUAAGUUAUUGGAUAUACGUAUUAAUCUAAUUUAUGAUUUGUAAGAAAUUAUUUUACAUGUUUAUUAAGGUUUAAUGAACGCACAUAAUUCUGAUCACACUGUAUAUAUAUAUUUCUUGAAAAAAAAAGA